UCAUAUUUUAACCAAGCCUAUGGAAUUUUCAAUAACAUAGGUGCAGACAGAUUCAACUUUAAAAUUCGAAAAGCAGAUGCUCUUGCAAACAUCCAACUUAAUUACAGUUUCAAACAAAAGAAACUACAAAGUAUUGCAUUGCUACUAUUAUUUUUAUUUCGUCAUUGUUGUCGUGCAUCCAGUAAUGGGAAACAUCGAGGGGCGGCGCGCGAAGCCGCAACCGCGACCUGCGGCGGCGCGCGCUUAAAAGCGCCGACCUAGCGUAGGCCGACCCAAAUCCUUUGUGGCUCCUGAACCUGACAGACUCUUGCUUCUUCCCAAAAAUGUGGACCAGUCUUUGCUUAGCUCUCAUGGCGUGGACACUGUGGCCCAGCGCUGCAGCACAGGAGUACCUACCCCCAAAGAUUGGUGGUGGCGGCGGCGGCGGCGGCAAGAAACCAGCACCUGAGCCUACACUCCCCGCGAACUACGACUUCUCGUACGACGUGCAAGACAACGCCGUGAGCCUGGACUUCGGGCACAACGAGAAGCGCAAGGACGACCGCGCCACCGGCUCCUACCACGUGCUGUUGCCCGACGGCCGCACGCAGCUCGUCGAGUACGAGGCCGGGCCCGACGGGUACAAGCCACAAAUAAUGUACAUGGGUACUGCAACAUACCCGGCGCCCAACGCAGGCGGCGGCGACAAGUUUGACGGCUACCAUUACAACGCGGCAUCGAACCGGCAGAGCGUGCGCCAGGCG